UUCUUCUGGGGAAAUAUUCUACUUUUUUCUCCACCACAAUUACUUUACAGCUUUAUUUAAUGUUAACUUCACAAAUCAUGUCUUUUGUUUGUCAUAAACUACGGUACAGCUAAAGUACACCUGAAACUGGCAAAUAUUUUGAUAAUCGUUAAUGUAAUUUCCCAAGCAAAAUGCCAAACAUUUCAUGGUUCCAGCCAAUGGAGAAAACAACAGCAGAUUACUCCAUAAUGAAAAUUAUCUUAUGCAAAAUAUUUACAAUUAGCUUUUCACUAUUGCUUUGUGAAAUGCACGAUUUGUUAUUCAUUUUUUUAAACAUCCUGCUGACCCCUAGAUGUCAGUGUGCGCAACUUUCAAUAGAAGAACAUAAACAAACCCUUGUAGCCUAUUUAUAGAGGAUAAUAAUGAAAACUAAACUUACUAUAAUUGCUCUGCUAAGCACUGUAAGGCAGGUUCACAGUGAGUAUGAGCAGCUGUGAGGUGUGGAAGGGGGCUUUGGCCCACUCCCGAUCUCUAUACGGACAGAAGCAGGAUUAUACUGUGGGAAACACUACUGUAAUAUGAAAGGCUCUGUCCUUACAAACUAAGUUAGUCCCGGUAAUUUGCUUACGCAACUUAUUUACUCCUCUGCUACAUCCCUGUAAUGAUGCAUGCUUGUUAGAGAUCAGUAAGUUGUCAUUUCUCUGUUCAAGCGGAAUUUGUGUUAUAUGGUUCAUACACACACACACACACACGUAUAUGUAUAUAAGCGGAAUAAGUCCUUACUAAAAACUGGUUUGGGAGGGCUGCUGUCUUUGUAAUACAAGAAAAGGUGUGUGUGUGCGUGUGCACGCGUGUGCGUGUGUGUGCGUGUGUGACAGUAGGUGGGAGGCAGAGAGCUGGUGAGAGAGAGAGGGCGUGAAAGCGAGACAGACCAGAAGAACAAGACAGAACAUGCACCCUGGAGCUGAGUUGCAUGUGUAUACCUUGUUUACAUUGCUAGACACAGCGCGAGUUUUUCCCCAUUCUUUGAAAUGUGAUUAACUUAACAUCAACGUUUUUUUUUGCUGCUGAAUUAUUUUAAAUUCUCAAUUCUCGGAUAAGAGAAAUCGCUCAAACCUGUUCCGCAAUGAGCGCGUCUGCAGGGACUGGGGUGUUUGUGCUCUCCCUGAUGUCCAUCCCCAUCUGUUAUUUGUUUAAUUCCCUCAUUUACAACAACAGUGCUGAUGCUUUCUUCUUCGCUGGGUGUACAACAGUCCUUAUCCUGGCCAUUUCAGUGCGGUUCAUGAUCAAGAAGAAGGCUCCAGCAGAUCCUCUUUUCUAUGUGUUUGCAGUGCAUGCAUUCCUCAGUGUGGUGAAUCUGAUCAUUGGGCUGGAGCAGGACAACAUCAUUGAUGGAUUUGUCACGUUUUACCUCAAAGAGGCAGAUCCACAUAUUAAUACAGCACAUGGGCACAUGAUCUCCUAUUGGGAUGGCUGUGUGCACUAUCUCAUGUAUCUGCUCAUGAUUGCAGCAAUUACUUGGGGGGACAGUUACCGGGCCAUUGGACUCUACUGGGUGGGAUCUUUUCUCAUGUGUGCCAUAGUCUACAUUCUUGGGAAUGCUGUUGGGAAGUAUGGGACCCUAGUUGGUCCUCUGUUCCUCCUCCACAUGCUGUAUAUCUCAAUGUCUGUCUGGGCCUGUUUCCGCAUCUUCAGCCAGCCCUCCACACGAGACUUACAGAGGACAAACAUCCAAGAGGCUGAAAGAAAAAGUUUACUCCACAGACCUCUGGACUUACUGUUCAUUGUCUACCUCAUCCCUGCUUUAGCUUUCUGUGUCUUCAGAGGCCUGGUUGUUCUGGACUGUUCCAGCAAAUGUUGUCAAGACUACACUCAGCAGUAUGAGCCUUACCUGAAAGACCCCUCAGCGUAUCCUAAAAUUCAGAUGCUGGUGAGCAUGCUGUACUCUGGCCCAUACUACAUCAUUACUCUCUAUGGGCUGUUGGUCCCAGGAUGUGAGUGGAUGCCAGAGCUGACUCUUGUACACUCAGGAGCACUGGCACAGGCCCAGUUCUCUCAUAUCGGUGCGUCUCUUCACACACGGACGCCGUUCUCCUACAGAGUGCCUGCUGACAGCCAGCUGGUCUUCUUGCUGGUUAAUGUCCUGUACGCUCUGGUGCCUCAGGCUCUGUGCUACCGCUGCUGCAGUAGGCCUGCCUUCUUUCUUAGGCCAACGCCAGAGAAGAAAAGUGAAUGACACAGAGUGUAAGAGGGAGAGAGAGUGCCAGGGAUGUCAGGGAUGCCUAAACAAAAGGCUGAAGUACUUGCAAAGUACCGCUUACAGUGUUUGCAGUUAUUAUCCGUUGCUAUUUUUGGAGAAGGAGCUGCCACCUGUAACCUUAAUGAGGGCUUAGUGGGGUUAUUGGAAACCUGACUAAAUACUCCAUUGUCGACAGAAUUUAUGUCAUGUGGUAUUUAUGUUCCACUGCUAAAUAAUGAGUCUUUUUGUGUUUAAAGCAACUGCAAACACAGGAAGGCACACGCAGUGUCACGGUACAGAUAAUAGAUUUGUGUAUGGGAUUUGAACUUCUAUACUUUGUUUUGCCAUUGUUGUUGUAUUUUUAGUAAGUUUUUGGUUACAAAAAAUGCUUUGUUGUUGACACUGAGGUGUCUGUGCAGUGCCUUUUAGGCAAUGGU